CCCAAGAAUAGCCCGCCACAGAUCGAGAUCGAUCCCAGGCACAGCCGUCGGCCGCACGCCCGCCACCGACGCCUCCGCCACCCUCAGCCUCCAGCUCACCUCGCACCCGCACGGCCAGCGAGGCUACGCGCAACACUCGCCCCCUCGACGCUCACCAUGUGGCACAGCACCGCCGCAUGCUCCAGAGUGAUCGCGCGGCCUCCGAAGCCGGCGAAGUUUGCAUCCUCGCACCGAGUCGCACCGGAUGUGGAUUCUUGCGCGCCUUCGGUGACUUCCGCCAUAUGCCUUUCUGCCGGCCUGCUUGCCAGCCCCUGUCUGCGCGGCCUCUCUUCUAAGCACAACCGACAGCUGCGACGCAUCGGCGGCAUGUAUCGGGCCAUUAUGUCAGGGCGAAACAAGCUGCGCAGAUGCUGGCGAGAGCUACACUCGAGGUACACUCACUCACGGCUCCAUGCUUCCCGUCGUGAUCAGGCCGCUACGAGACUUCUGGCUCGCCCCGCAUACUUUACCAGCGGCCUCGCUGCUCUGCACCUGAUGAGUGUCCACGUCGUCCCCUCGCUUCUUACACACACUGUCAUCAGACCAGGGCUGUUGCGCGGGCGCGUCUAUAAGUACGGCGGGUGCCAUAUGGCUCGCAGAUGUCCACGAUGGCACCCUGAUGCACCUGCCAAAUAUCCAUCUAAACAUUCCCGCCGCGAGGCCCGCGACGCGCGCCCGAACGCAAACGUCCCGAGCCCACACCUUUCUCUCCCAUGCCCCGUCUCAAGGCCACACACGCCACCGCCGUCGCCACCGUCGACCGAAAGCUCUCGACAACCUCGAGAUCUCAGAUGACUAAUCAGGGCCCCGCUGACUUAGGCAUGGCGGGCGUUGUGGGCGCUGUAUUUGACAUCCGCGGCUACCCUCGAUUGCCGUUUUCCCGAGGAUGUCGGACGGCCCCUCCGCGUCCGUUCUCCCUCCCACCUAUCCACCCAGCUGCACCACUCAUGCCUCAACGUUCAACGUUCAACGCUCAACAUCCACCACCGCGGAGCCGCAGCGUC